ACAGAAUGCAGCUGCUGGGCACGUCGACAGCCCUCGGGUUUGAACCCCAAACUCUGUCUCGAAGGAUGUCCGAAACCCCGAGCGACGCGCAAUACGCAAUAGCGAUGACUUAACAGCGAAACUCAGUUGAUCCUUGAUAGCAGUAUCAAUGGAGUUACGGACUUCUCAUCAGCUCAUCUUGUACCUUUCUCUCACACUCACACUCACACUCGCAUUCGCAUUCGUAUCCUCACUCAGCAGUGAUCGAACCAGCGCCAUGCCUCCAACUCCCAAGCAAUUGAUCCUGAUUACAGGAGCAAACCAAGGCCUGGGGUACUAUGCCACCCAACAGCUAGCCGCUACAGGCAAAUACCACAUCCUGAUGGGAAGUCGAGACCUGAAGAAAGCCGACAAAGCCAUCGACGACCUCGUGGCCGAUAAAUCGUACAACGUAUCAAAAUCCGAUAUCACUCCCCUUCAAAUCGAUGUCACAAACGAUGAAUCCAUAGCCGGUGCGGCAAACCAAGUCAAGCAGAAUUUCGGCAGCCUCGAUAUGCUACUCAACAACGCAGGAAUCGCUACAGCACAGGCCGCAACUUCAAACCAAUCGUUGCGAGAAGUCUAUCACGAGCAAUUCGACGUAAACGUAUACGGUGCUGCAGCUGUGACGGAAGCAUUCCUCCCUCUUCUUCAAAGAGGCUCCGGCAAGCGAAUCGCCUUCACAUCCACAGGCUUGAGCUCUCUGGCGAAAGCAGCGGAUGGCACCCAACCAGUGGAGAAAUUCCCCAUCUAUCGAACAACCAAAAUCGCUCUGAAUAUGGUUAUGCUGUAUUACGCAAAGACUUUGGAAGCGGAAGGUUUUGUCGUCAGUGGUCCAGCUCCAGGAUUUUGCGCCACGAAUUUGAACGGACACGCUGGCAAGAAGGAUCCUCGAGAGGGUGCCACAAUGCUUGUGAAAGCAUUGAUCGCUCCGAAACAAGAGAUUCAUGGGCAUGUCUUCAGUGAUGCAGGCGUUGCGCCGUGGUGAAUCCCCAUACAGCCAGCGUACCGCAAAAAGAUAAAGAUUCUGGUGCAUCGAGAGCCGGAGCUCGGCGAAGUCUGGAUGCCUGAGUCGAGAUUAUGAAGAAGGAUCCGAGAACCACGAUGCAAAGUCACUGCAUAUGUAGCGAGGCCGGCGGUCGGGCUUACCCUAGCAAGAGCUAUCUCGUGGAAGCUCUCACUCCAGUGGACGAGCUGACGACGUUGAGCAAGCGUGCAACACUGGCGCAGAGAUCAUCUUGCAAUCGGGGGAGCCGCAGCGCAUCAGCGAAAGAGGCAUUGCCGAAUCUUGCGCCAACACGCUCAAGCCUCAGUCGCAUGGCGCACGGGCAGGCUAUUGUCUCUUUGGACUCAAUCAUCACUGGGUGUCGAGCAUCAAUCAUCGAAAGACACAUAUCUGCGCGUGUCCGCCCCACAUUUCAGUAGCUCGAUAGCUCACUCAUCAAUUCAUCCUCUACACCCAAC